UCCAGACGUUUUGCUACAUAUGUCCCGGCCUGGGCAUUCAUCGGUGGAUGCAAUCGCACGAUUCAACAUGCUCCAUUACCUGCAACAGGCAAACCCUUCAGGCCCAUCGGGUUUGCAGUGUGGUAAACGAUGCACAACUCUCCCGAGAUCAAUCCAAUGCAAUCACUCGUGUCCGGAUCUCUGCGGUUGCAUUUACGCCAAGUUGGACUAUGAGUUGGAAAUCGGUACGGAGGAACAGCAGGAACUGAUAAUACCGGAAGAUCCCUCAAGGAAAGUCGCUGACGUACAGUGGCCGAUUGACAAUCACCCGUCAUCGAAGUAUGUGCACUGUAAGGUGCACGUGUAUCAAGGGCGGAUUUUUACUGGAUUUCUGGACACCGAGCAGUUUAAGGUCAAGUUGACCGUUUUGUUUGAAAACGACGAACAGGCACUGUCGUCUAUUCCCAGUACAUUGUCUCCAUGCUGGAAUGAAUCAGUGGAGUUUUUGAACGUACCAUUUACCAUGUCUUCCAUGGCAAACAACGAGUUAAGUCAGAAAUGUACCAUUAUGUUCAUUUUGCAAUGCCGAGAAAAGGAAACGGAAAGGAGCGCAAUCGGUUGGUUGGAAUCAUCAAUAAAAUUGCUGCAACCAGAACAGCAAACUGUCGACGAAGGAACAGAUUUUGGAGAACAACCAAAACCAUAUUUACAAUGGAUUCCCCUCUAUCUAAAGGGAUUAAAGAUAGCAGAAAUUUUAGUUUCCAGCAAUGUACUUGAGGUGCGUUCUUCUUUACAAAAGAGUGAUGGAAGAACUGAAACUGAACGAUUGCUUGUCCAUAAUUUACCACCAGAAAUUGCACCUACUUUGAGGACAUUUAGAGUUCGAGUACUGUUUGUUGGCUUACGGCAAAUACAUCUACAUUCGUGCAGAAAAAUGAAAAAAUCACGCAUUUUGAUAACAUUGGGAGAUGUAAGCAUUAUGAGUGGACUUUCAGGAACAGCUUAUGGCAGUAGUGCUAAUUUUCCAGAAGGUUACGAAAAUCGUUCGGUGCGUCUUCCAAUAAACCCAAACUAUUGGCCUCUGAUGAUUCUCAAACAUAUCGAUUGUACCGAUGAAAAACAUAUGAAAAUCAUAGGAAAUGCAAUCGUAAAUGCUUCGGAGCUAUCAGUAGACAGUUCGAUACCAUCAGAAUCUGUUACAGAUAACUCAACAAUUAUCGAAAUUUCUCAGGAAGAGAAUGAGACCGAAUUUCCCGUGAAUAUCGCAAAUAUAAAUCCAUUGAAUAUUGCCAGUCAUUGGUCUUAUGCUCGUGAUGUGAUAAAGAAACAGGUUGAUAUCUUAAAUGCUGCCAAUAGAUCCUCGAAAAGCAUUAGUUCCGAAAAUUUGGAUCUCACAUGGUGGACAAAGUUUUACAACAGCCAGCUUUUACAGAAUAAUGAAAAAUAUUCUCUAAAGAUCUAUGACAAAGAAUUAGAGAAUAUACCCGAGUUCAACAGGUUCAAAGAUUGGAGUGGCAGCUAUUCUCUUGAAAAAGUGAAACACCACAAGAAAACUGCGUUUGUGAAGAAAGUAUACGGUGCCGUAAAGUGUCAAAUUCAAAUCUCUUCCCUAGUGAAAACAUCGAAGGAAUUUACUAUACCUAUGGAAAGUCAAUUGUUUUCGACUUCGAAUCUCUUGGAAAUUGUAGUUAUCGUUUACGUUGUGCAAGCUUUGAAUCUUACGUCCCGUGAUAUCAUGUCGGAAUCAGAUGCAUACAUCGUACUUACCUAUGGGAAACAGCGUGUUCGAGAUCGAGCUUUUUACAUUCCCAAUCAAGCAUCGCCAGUGUUUGGCAGACGGUUCGAAAUGCGUGGUAUUCUGCCAAGAGAUGAAAUGUUACAUCUCUCAGUCUAUGACAGAGACUUUGCUUCCUCGGACGAUCUUAUCGGAAGCACCACCGUUGAUAUAGAGGAUCGUUUUCGGAGCAAACACUUGCCAUCGUUUGGAUUGCCCACGCACUAUACGUCCAGAGGAUACAACAAAUGGCGCCAUCAGUUGAAACCUUCCGAAAUGUUACUGAAGCUAUGCGAGCAGCAUGGAGUGGAGAAGCCGCGUAUAAAGGGAGGCAAGAUCAUCGUUGGAGGGCAAGAAUUUGGGGCCGAUUUUCCCCUGGAUGCAAAGGAAUGUCACACGGAACAGCUGUGCUUGCUGGCGCUAAACAAUUUCAAGCACGUUGCCAGCGGGUUUCCCUUAACUCCAGAACACGUGGAAACGCGGUCAUUGUACCAUCCCCAGCGAGGUGGCAUUGAGCAAGGUAAAGUUCAGCUAUGGAUCGAGCUGUACGAACCAAAUCAGCCCCAUCCGCUACCACUUGACAUUACGCCCCAGCCUCCGAAACCUUACGAGCUACGGCUGAUCGUCUGGAACACGGCCGAUGUGAUACUAAACGAGCGUAACAUUUUCGGCACAGAGAUGAGUGACAUCUACGUUAAGUGCUGGCUGCAGGAGUUCACGGAAGCUCAGUAUACGGACGUUCAUUACCGGUCGCUUACCGGUGAAGGAAACUUUAACUGGCGCAUGGUGUUUCCGUUCCGCUACUCACCCGCGGAUGGCAUGCUAGUGAUCCGCGGCAGAAAGGCUUUCUACGAGCAAUACGAUACCGAGCUCAAGUAUCCUCCGGUGCUGACCGUGCAGAUUUGGGAUAAUGAUGCGUUUUCUGCGGAUGAUUUUCUCGGCACGAUGGAGCUCAAUCUCAUGCGCCUACCCGUGCCAGCCAGCUCUGCCGAUGCGUGUAAACUUUCCCAAGGCCUAUCAUUAACAGGAACCGGAAGCGGUACUGGCGGUCGCCUGAACUUGUUUGUUGAGCGUCGUGUUAGAGGUUGGUUCCCAGUAUACGGCAAAAACAUGUCAAGCAUCGAUGCCACCGAUCAACAGUGUGACGUUUCGCUGACGGGUAAAAUCGAGCUGGAACUGGAAAUCCUUAGCAAUGAAGAUGCCGUCCAGAAUCCGGUCGGAGUUGGUCGCAAACCACCGCAACAUCUUCCCGAACCUCUGCGUCCGGAAGUGUCUUUCAACUGGUUACGGCAGCCGGCAAAAACGUUCAACAAGCUGCUGUGGCCACGUGUGAGGAAAUCAUUCAUUUGGAUCGGUACGGUUGUGUUGCUGUGUUUGCUCAUUUACGGGCUGGUGGUAAAUCUGCCAACGGUGUUUAUGGUGCGAUCGCUUGAACAGCGUCAGUCAUUUGAACGCAUAUUGUCCGAUGGAUAA